AUGACAUUUUCGAGACGUUUACUGACAUCUUCGGAGGUUUCGGGCGUAGCGAAGGCCUCCGCGGCCGCGGUGGUUUCGUCUCUUGUGGCCGUGGAGGAGGCUGUCGCCAUCGCUUCCCUCUCGGAAUUAACAGCGUGGGUAAUUGUCAGGAGAGAUUGGUUAAUCGAUUCCAACAGCCUCUCUGCCUCAUCCUUUUCUAGAGGGGAGAGAGUCGACAGGUUAUCCUCAAUACGCUGGAGUUGGGGUAAAAACUCACGCGCGAGGUUCAACUUACCCUGCGCAUUCUGCUUUAGGAACAUCGGCGAGGAAAGCAUGCUUUGGAUGGCAAUAAGAAUUUGA